CAGCUGUUUAGAGCAGAGAGCUGCGGGUCAGGAUGCGCAGUUGAGGAGCUGAGCGCAGCGCAGACAGACGGAGAACUAACCGCUCGCAGCUUCAGAGAGCGCGGUCUACAGCCGUGUUCAGCUCCCGGCUCUGCUCCCCGAGCCCAGGCUCCCCUGUACCGGCUCGAUAUGAGGUGCUUCAGGCAUUUGGUCCUCAGAGCGUUUCUGCUGCAGAUCCUCGCUUCUCUGGAAACUUUGUCUGCGCCCUCGCCGAUUAUCAAGUUCCCCGGAGAUGUUACUGUACCGCGCACAGACAAAGAAGUAGCGCUGCACUAUCUGAAUAAGUUCUAUGGCUGCCCAGAAGACAGAUGCAACCUGAUGGUGCUGAAGGACACACUGAAGAAGAUGCAGAAGUUCUUCGCUCUCCCGGAGACGGGCGAAAUCGACCAGAAGACCGUUGAGAUCAUGAAGAAGCCCCGCUGUGGAGUGCCAGACGUGGCCAAUUACAAAUUCUUCCACAGAUCACCCAAGUGGGAAAAGAAGGACAUUACAUACAGGAUCUUGGGACAUACUCCUGACUUGGACGAGGAGACGACUGAUGAUGCAUUCUUCCGUGCUUUUAAAGUCUGGAGCGACUUCACUCCUCUCACCUUCACACGCAUCACGGAAGGAGAAGCUGAUAUCAUGAUUAACUUUGGCCGCAACGAGCAUGGUGAUGGUUAUCCAUUUGAUGGGAAGGACGGACUCCUGGCUCAUGCGUUUGCGCCUGGACCCGGGAUUGGAGGCGACUCCCACUUUGACGAUGAUGAGCAGUGGACUCUGGGAGAUGGGCAAGUUGUGAAGGUGAAGUUUGGGAAUGCAGAAGGCGAGUUCUGCAAGUUCCCGUUCCUUUUCAUGGGCACAGAAUACAACAGCUGCACAUCUCAGGGACGUGAUGAUGGGUUCCUCUGGUGCUCUACAACCUACGACUUUGAUAAGGAUCAGAAGUACGGCUUCUGCCCACAUGAGUUGCUGUUUACACUGAGUGGAAAUGGAGAUGGAGCCCCAUGCAAGUUCCCCUUCACCUUCCAAGGGGAAAAAUACGACAGCUGCACCACCUCAGGUAGAGAUGAUGGUUACCGUUGGUGUGCCACUACUGAGGACUAUGACCGGGACAAGACAUACGGAUUCUGCCCUGAAACUGCAAUGUCCACUGUUGGAGGUAACUCAGAAGGUGCUCCCUGUGUCUUCCCCUUCACCUUCCUGGGCAACUCGUACGACUCGUGCACCACCUCUGGUCGUAGUGAUGGGAAAAUGUGGUGUGCUGUCACCAAGAGCUUUGAUGAUGAUCGCAAGUGGGGCUUCUGUCCUGAUCAAGGUUACAGUCUCUUCCUGGUGGCGGCUCAUGAGUUUGGUCAUGCUUUGGGUCUGGAGCACUCUGAGGACCCCGGCGCACUCAUGGCUCCCAUCUACACCUACACCAAGAACUUUAGGCUUUCUAAUGAUGAUAUCAAAGGCAUCCAGACCCUCUACGGUGUGCCAACAGAUAAACCCCUCCCACCCACUCAGGGUCCUGUCACGCCUAUGGAUAUCUGCAAUGAGAACAUCAUAUUUGAUGCGAUAGCACAGAUCAGAGGAGAGAUCUUCUUCUUUAAAGACAGGUUCAUCUUCAGGACUGCUAAUCCACACACUAAGCCGUCAGGGCCGCUGCUGGUGGCCACGUUCUGGAGUGAGCUCCCUGAGAAGAUAGACGCUGCCUAUGAGAACCCUCUGGAGGAGAAGACCGUGUUCUUUGCAGGUGAUGAAAUGUGGGUGUAUUCGGCCAGUACUCUGGAGAGGGGCUACCCUAAGAAGCUCUCCUCCAUGGGAUUACCAACAGACCUGCACCGUAUAGAUGCGGCCUACUCCUACCACAAGAGCAAGAAGACCUACUUGUUCUCCGGAGAAAAAUUCUGGAGGUACAAUGAAGCCAAGAAGAAGAUGGAUCCAGGCUUUCCCAAACUCAUUGCUGAUUCCUGGAAUGGCUUACCUGACGAUUUGGACGCUGCGUUCAGUAUGAACGGAAAGGGCCACAGCUACUUCUUCAAAGACUCCCACUAUCUGAAAAUGGACGAGAGCCUGAAGAUCAUCAAAGUGGGAGAGGUCAAAAAGGACUGGCUGCGUUGCUGAGCAACAGCACAAUCUCCAGCCACAGACUGACCUUUAACCUCGGGUCACCUUAUCACAUUCCACCAUGGUGCUGGACUGUUCUCCCCCUCAACCAGGGCGAGGACGCUCUAGCCUUAGCUAGCCUGAGAGGCUCCAUCAUAGUCACUAUGCUCUGGGUCUCUUCUGUAAUGGAACAAGGCCAAAACCAGAGAGGUCAUUAAAAAAAAAAAAAAAAAAAAAACGAUUUGUUGUUGAUGAGUUGUUAUACAGUGUGACUUUUUUUUAAAGGAAAUAAACAAAAAGAAAUUGUGUACUGCCACAUUUGCAAAGACAUCAGGUAUGUCCCCACUCCUGCAGUGGAUUUACAUUGUAAUAUACUGUAGUUAUUUUUACGUAAACUGGAUUUAUUCAAGUAGGACUGCAAAAGUACAAAUUUGUAGCACAACAGUUUGUCAGAUGUUUUUUUAAAAAAAGUUUUACCGAAAAAGCCUUAAUUUGCCUAUUAGGUUGCCUGUUCAACAGUUUUUUUUUAUGUUUAUCUGAUAAUGUUUUACAUUUCAUAGGGAAAGCACUUUGUACGUUGAUUAUAAUUGUGUUCUGCAGCAGCACAAGAGACCAAACAUAUCAGUAGCACAUCAUUUGUGUUUUUAAUUUUUUAUUUUUUUUUUAUUUUAUUCUCGUAAUUUUUUUUUUUUUUUCAUUUUUAAGGGAGUAUAUUGUGAGGUGAUUCAGGGCACGGGUUGCCUGAGAUUAUAUAGGAAUUUGUUUCAUAAUGGACAAGAAGGUAUCAUGAAAAUGCUGGUGAUUAAUCGUAUGUACUAUGAUUUUUAUCUUUUGAGUUGGCAUUAUAAUUCUUUUUUUUUGUAUUUGCUUUGUGCACUUUGUCACUAUAAGUAAUUCUGAAAAUAAAGACAGACUGUCCAGUCUUCUCA